AUAAGUAAUCUAAGUUUGUCCUCGCGAGUGCUUGCACUCGCCUGCCUGCUUGCGCGAUGAGUUUGCUGAAGUUUCACCGCACGCUGCAGCCGGCGGAUCCUCAAAGUCUGCCGGUCCUGAUCAUUGGUCAACUCCAUCACCUUGCAGCCGUACCGUUCGAGCGCGUCAGCUCGAAGCUGGAUCCGCGCGUCGAGAAGGAAACGUUCACGAAAGCCGUGUCGUCGCUGCAUCCGGCACCGACCGAUACCUGUUCGCUGUACUUGGAUGUGGCCCGUGUGGCGGCGUUGCCUUUGAAAGCUUCACGACACAAUACGGCUUCACGCGCUCAUGCCAUCACCAAGCUUAUCCAAUCCAACACGACCGGCGUCAGCGAAUCGAUCGUGCUCGUGUGCGAGAAAAAGGAUCUGCUGGCGUCGGCUUGCGCCGUAGCACGAGCGUUUCCGCUGUACAGCCGCAAAACAUCGAAGCUGCCCGCUGCCGAACCACCGCCAACGGUGCACGUUGAGUUCUUGCUGGUCGGUGAUGAUGAUCCGGCCGCCACGGAAAUCACGGAGGAGGACGUACAAACGUUGGCCAACGUUACCGUCGGUAUUCGGUUAACUGCACGAAUUGUGGACGCGCCCUGCAACGAGAUGAACGUCUCAGGAUUUUUGGCCGAAGUGGAAGCGAUCGCACAAGAGUUGGGCAUUGACGCUAAGACCAUCCGCGGGACUGAGCUGAAGGAGAAGGGCUUCGGCGGUAUCUAUGGUGUGGGAAAAGCGGCCCUCGAUCCCCCGGCUCUUGCCGUGCUGUCGUACGAGCCUGAGGGUGCCACCGAAACCGUGGCCUGGGUUGGCAAGGGAAUCGUUUUCGAUACCGGUGGUCUGAGUAUUAAGGGAAAAACGGCCAUGCCGGGCAUGAAACGAGACUGUGGUGGUGCGGCGGCCAUUCUGGGUGGAUUUUACACUGCCGUCAAAAGCGGAUUCCGGCAGAAUCUCCACGCCGUCUUUUGCUUGGCAGAGAAUUCGGUCGGACCGGAAGCAACCCGACCGGACGAUAUCCAUAAGCUGUACUCGGGCUCCACGGUAGAAAUCAACAACACGGAUGCCGAAGGACGCCUCGUGUUGGCCGAUGGUGUGGUGUACGCUGAUCGUGACCUAAAAGCCACCGUCAUUCUCGAUAUGGCCACUCUAACUGGUGCGCAGGGCAUUGCCACGGGCAAGUAUCACGGGGCAAUUCUCACCAACAGCGACGAUUGGGAGGCAAAGGCCCUAGAAAUUGGACGCAGAACCGGUGAUCUGCUGUCGCCCGUGCCGUACUGCCCGGAGUUGCAUUUUAGCGAAUUCACUUCGGCAGUCGCCGACAUGAAGAACUCCGUCAUGGAUCGUGGCAAUGCUCAGGUAAGCUGCGCCGGACUCUUUGUUGGUGCCCAUCUGGGAUUCGACUAUGGCGGUUCCUGGCUGCACAUCGACAUGGCUUCUCCAGUGCACAAUGGCGAACGUGCGACCGGAUACGGCGUGGCACUGCUGGCCGGGUUAUUCGGUGAGCAUAGCAAGGCGAGAAUGUUCCGCGACAUCGCCCACCAGCCGACGGAGCAGAGUAAUAAGUCGACCGCGAACUCUGUUGCCGAGCCUCCGUUGAAAAAAGUUUGCAUUGACUGAGCAUCUGGAAUGCGGCCCGUGAAUGGAAACACGGAAAUUACACCAUGAGUGUGUUCAAUGAUAACCUUUAAAAUAAAAUACUCUUUUUGUGAAUCACUAUUAAUCGAUUAUCUACCGAAAACGACGGGGUCUACAACACGAAGCAUUUGUAUCUGUUU